AAGCCCAUGCACUGCGAGCUUUCUCCGCCAGCCACACUGCUCGCAGGACUCUCCCAGGAUGCUGUCGAACAACCCUCACGUCGGGCACAAAGUGGCAGGCUGUUGGAUUUUCCUCUCCCUCUUUCAUAUCAACUUUUCUGCUGGCAGCUCAGGAAAAGGCUCACAGAGCCAAGAUGAUAUGCAUGUCACCCACAACAAUCAGCUGGACCUGCGGGAGAUAGUGUUCGUCCUCCAGAGUCAAAGCAACUCCUUCCAUGUGAGGCAGGCAGAAAGACGGAGAGCAGAUUUAUUGAAGCAGGCGCACAGUCUCACAGAGAAACCACCGGUGGUUUUGCUUCUUCACAGUUUAUCAGAUAAUGAGGGAGAUUGGAGUAUCCUUCCCCUGCUGCCUCACUUAUCGCACUCCUUUGGGAAAAACUCAUCCUGGAUUGUAUUUCUGGAGGAGGAAACAAAUGUGGAGAUGACUAAGCUUGUUCAAGUCCUUGCAAAAUUUGACAAGAAUAAAGAGUGGUUUCUUGGUAAGCCCCUCCAUGACGAGGAGUCGACCAUCAUCCAUCACUACGCCUUCGCAGAAAACCCCUCCAUCUUUAAAUACCCUGACUUUGCUGCUGCUUGGGUCCUGAGCAUCCCCCUUGUUGUGCGGCUUGCAAACAAAGUGAGAGAUGAGCCACUUAAAUCUGACUUCACCAUUGACCUGAAACAUGAGGUUGCCUUGUAUAUUUGGGACAACGGGAACGGUCCGCAUCUCACCGCUGUUCCCGAGCUGUGCACUGAGCCGGAGGACUCUCCUCAGACCCUCAGCCACUGCGCUACCUCUCUGAGCAGCAAGCCUCCACCGUGUGGGGAGCCUGUAAAUAAAGAAGAUAUAUUUGUCGCUGUGAAAACGUGUAGGAAGUUUCACAGUGAAAGAGUUCCAGUGAUAAAGAAGACUUGGGAAAAGGAUGCCUUAUUUUUAGAGUACUACAGUGACCACGCUGAUCCUUCAAUACCAACCAUUGAUAUCGGAAUACCAAAUACUGAAAGAGGCCACUGUGGGAAAACCUUUGCAAUCCUUCAAAGAUUUCUAAGCAGCUCUGUCCCACACACCAAGUGGCUCGUCGUUGUGGACGAUGACACACUUAUCAGCCUCCCCAGACUGCAAGUCUUGCUGAGCUGCUAUAACCCCUCUGAACCAGUGUGUCUAGGAGAGAGGUACGGCUACGGCCUGAGCCAAGGCGGCUACAGCUACAUCACGGGAGGUGGAGGGAUGGUGUUCAGCAGGGAGGCUGUCGUCCGACUUCUUGACAGCGGCUGCAAGUGCUACAGCAAUGACGCGCCGGAUGACAUGGUGCUGGGAAUGUGCCUCAAUGCUCUGGGACUUCCUGUCACACACAGUCCACUCUUUCACCAGGCACGCCCAGAGGACUAUGCCAGAGACUUCUUAGCGCACCAGGUGCCCAUCUCUUUCCAUAAACACUGGAACGUCGACCCGGUUGCUGUUUUCAACAAAUGGCUCAAGGAUGACUUUGUGGCAAAAGCUUCAGAUGGACUUAAUAAGAGCGCUAAGACUGAGUUAUAAUGAUUUUAAGCACACAACUAGCCUGUAUGAAUAUGUAUGUAUGUACAGCGUGUGAGUGUGUGUGUGUGUGUGUGUGUGUAUGAUGGAGUUAUGGAACUGAAAUAUUGCCCAUCACAGAUGUAAAUGUUUUUGUAUUGUUGAUGUUGAAGUGUUAAUAAGAGGACCUUGUGAGCGUGUGUCCAUGACUUGAUAUGUGAGUGUUUUCAUGACUGACUGCAUGUUGAGGUUACUGUCAAUUUGGAAAUAUGGAUGUAAUAUGUGUAUAUUUAUAUCAUACGAAUAAUCCAAACCUAACAGAGGAGGAUCCUCCUCUAUGGGAGAUACUGUAUCUUUCAAAAAGUAUCACUAAUGCUGUACAAUGUG